UCCUGGAGGAGCCGGGCUGGCCUGGGUGACUUGGGGCACACGGGCGGUGGGGCGGCGCUGCUCGGCGAAGCCGGCUCUGGUGAUGCGGGUGCCGCUUGGCCACCUGCCCCCAGGUUUUGGAGGAAGAUUGGCCUGGGGCAGAUACCCAACCUCGCCUCGAUGGUGGGGGCAGAGACUCGGGUCAGCUGCCUCGGGACCGUGGGCUCCUCGGGGCGUUGGAAGGGCCCGGCGGGGUCAGACAUCCCCGGGCUGCGUGGGGAGCCCUUGGGCCCCCUUCGGCGCUUUCCGCUUGUGUCAGCCCCCUCCUGGGGCCCUUCCAGGAGCAUGGGGUGGUGCCAUUGGAGUGGACCCUACCGGGCAGAGCACUUUCCCUAGAUCCCCUAGUCUCCGGAGGUGGGAGAGGGAAUGAAUACUCUACCUCUGCAACUUGACUCUUCUCUAGAAAGAGCACUCAGCUGACCAGGAAUAUGGCCCCAGGGCCCCUGACAACCAGGGAUGAGGCAUUAAUGGCCUUCAGGGAUGUGGCUGUGGCCUUCACCCAGAAGGAGUGGAGGCUACUGAGUCCUGCUCAGAGGACCCUGUAUCGGGAUGUAAUGCUGGAGAACUACAGCCACUUGGUGUCGCUGGGAAUUGCCUUUUCCAAACCCAAACUCAUCACCCAGCUGGAGCAAGGGGAUGAGCCCUGGAAAGAGGAGAGCGAAUGUCUUCUGGACCUUUGUCCAGCAGAACCAGGAACAGAAUUCCAGCCAUGUGUCCAUUCCUGCCCGGUGGCCUUUUCCAGUCCACAGUUCCUUCAACAGUACGUGCUGUGCGGUCACCUUCCUCAGAUCUUCCCAAGCUCAUAUGCAGGAAGCCCCAUCUCAACGGAAGCUCCAAGCUGCUCAAGUGAACAAGGAGAUGAGGAAGAGAUAGAAAGGAGACUUGAGCUGAGUGGGGUUUCCCGGGUGCUCUUCAGAUCCUCUCAGGGUCAGCCAGUAGACUGGGUAGAAGGCAAAAGAGCUGGGGGAGUAGACCAGGGGAUGUGUCCUGAAGAAGCAGACCUUUCAGCAUCUGGAGCAGCCAUGUGUGGGAAAUACAGACUGGGACUUGGUCCCAAAUCCAGUCUCUUAAGCCUCCAGAAACAUCACGUAUGUCCUGAAUGUGGCAGAGGCUUCUGCCAGAGGUCAGACCUCACCAAGCACCAAAGGACACACUCAGGAGAAAAGCCUUACAGCUGUAGGGAGUGCGGGCGAGGCUUUGGCCGCAAGUCCUCCCUCACCAUCCACCAGAGGAAACACUCAGGGGAGAAGCCUUAUGUGUGUCGGGAAUGUGGCCGCCACUUCAGGUACACGUCCUCACUUACCAACCACAAGAGGAUACACUCUGGGGAGAGGCCCUUCGAAUGUCAGGAAUGUGGGCGGGGCUUUCGCCAAAAGAUCGCCCUGAUCCUGCACCAGAGGACACACUUGGAGGAGAAGCCCUUUGUGUGUCCUGAGUGUGGGAGAGGCUUUUGCCAGAAGGCAUCGCUCCUCCAACACCGAAGCUCACAUUCGAGUGAAAGACCCUUCUUGUGCCUUGAGUGUGGGCGUGGUUUCAGGCAGCAGGCACUGCUCCUCAGUCACCAAGGCACACACUCAGGGGAGAAGCCUUAUAUCUGUGCUGAAUGUGGGCAUGGCUUUCGCCAGAAGGUCACCCUUGUCAGACACCAGAGGACACACACAGGGGAGAAGCCUUACCUGUGCCCUGAGUGUGGCCGCGGCUUUAGCCAGAAGGUCUCCCUCAUGGGACACCAGAGGACACAUACAGGGGAGAGGCCUUACCUGUGCCCUGAGUGUGGGCGUGGCUUUGGCCAGAAGGUUACCCUCAUCAGACACCAGAGGACACAUACAGGGGAGAAGCCUUACCUGUGCCCGGAGUGUGGACGUACCUUUGGCUUCAAGUCGCUUCUCACCAGACACCAGAGGACACACUCAGGGGAGGCGACUGAUGUGUACAGAGUGUGUGAGCAAGGACUGGGCCAGAAGUCUCACUUCACCUCUGACCAGAGGACACACUCAGGGGAGAAGCCGUGCGUGUGCAGUGAGUGUGGGCGUGGCUUCGGCUUCAGGUCGGCCCUCAUCAGACACCAGCGCACCCACUCAGGAGAGAAGCCGUAUGUGUGCAGGGAGUGUGGCCGAGGCUUCAGCCAGAAGUCUCACCUCCACAGACAUAGGAGGACCAAGUCUGGCCAUCGCCUCCCACCUCAAGAGCUGCUCUCCUGACCUUUCCUUUCCUCACGGUUGUGAAGAUGGCAGAAAGCACUAGGAAAUGUUCCACUUUCUUCAGAUGCAGUGGAGGGAAAAAAAUGUGUUUUCAAUGAUUGUAAGAUCAUUAAUUUAUGGUUUAUUUUCUGUACUAGCGAUGGUUUUGAUUUGCUAAAGCUGCCAUUAAAAAAACGCCACAAACUUGA